CAUGAAUAAUUUACUAAAUCUAACCCAAAAACACCAUUAAUCAUCCAUCCACUUUCUGUUAACGUUGUUAUUUUCGAAAUAUAAAAUGAAUACGCUUGAGCUGGAUGGAUAUUAUUUUAUCAAAAUUGCAACUCGCAUGUUAGAGGAAUGCAUGUAGAAGCAAAUGGAUUGGUUACACAUUAUACAACAUAAGAUAGAGCAUGUAAGCUUCACGCCUUGACCGCUAUGUCGACAUCACCCGUUAUAUGAAUGUAUAUCAAAUAAUACCCGAAGAUUAAUGCAUGACAAACACUGAAACUUGACUUAGAUUAGUUUUUUUUUUAUAAUAAAACUAGGAUUGGCAUUCUUCGUUUUUUUAAGCCAAUGUCCGAAAAAUAUUGUAGGUUUAUGUGAGGACGGUUUAAGUGGGAUAUCACUUAUUCGCUUUCUAUACGCUAGUUGACUUCCUAGUUAAUCACAUCACACAUCCUUAUCAAUCCCAUUGUUAACCUAAUGUAAACAAUGAUAAUUGCAUUUUGAAGGGUAAAAAACAGAUCAUGCAUGACUUCCAUCUAACACGUUGUGUAAUUGUAUUAUGUCAAUAAUACUCUCAAAAAAUUAUACACAACAUAACUGUAAAUAUCCUUAACUCUUUAAUUAGUGGAUUGUGACAUCUACAAGCACUAGACGACAAUCUGAAACAUUUUUUUUCUUCGAAAAUAGCCAAUAUACCAGAAUUAAACGCUUAAAUUAAAUCCGAUUAAUUGAAACAAAAUGUACUAUGACUUGAUCAUAGCCAAUAUGCCAGUAUUAUCUUAUGCAUGCUUCUAUCGAUCAUUGUAUGUCUAUUUGAUUCUGAAAUCACUGAUGAAAUGCAACGCUCUAGGGUUCAAUAGAUUGUCUAGACCUCACACCGUCGCAUAUUAAUUGCCGAUUUCUCGUUUGUAUUUUGUUAUAGUGUUUUAGUUCUCUUAGAAUAAAGACAGUCUAACGGCCAAUUCAAUGGUUCAUGUGUCAGAAUUUGUUUUUGCAACUGGUAUACAUAGUAGUAUAAUAGUGGCUGUUUUUUUUUUUUUUAAUCUUGCGUAAUCUUUUGUGUCUGAAUGUAUAUAUGCCACAAUUAACAAGUAUUUUACAAGGUAGGGUGUAUUCUUUAAUCCAUUUCUCUAGAACGGCUGAGCAUAUAUAAAAGAAAGGCACCACAAAGAGUUUAAAGAGCCAACAAACUCGAAAGACAGAACAAAACAAAAACUCAAGUUAAUUAUUUUCUUCUUAUACAUUAGAUGAAUCAAGAAGAGCAUAUGAAUCAAGGACGGUAUAUUAUGAGUCAAGUAGAAGGCUCAAUGUCUUGCUUCUCCGAGACGAACUCUAGUUCCACAAUCUACAUGAAUCCCAUGAUGGCCGCGACGAGAUCAUCGGGAGAAGACAACGGCAUUCAACUCUCUCUUCUUCUGAAUCUAUCUACCAUACAAGACAAAGUCCAUGAGAUCCAAUCACUGGUCAACUUUUUCAUGAUCUCCCCUAAUAACAAUAACCAAUCCUCCGAGUCAACGUCGUCUUUAGCUGCGGCUAACGUCGAAAGUUUGGUUCAAGACAUCAUCACGGCUGCUUCUUCAAUGAUGCUUACUUGCCAACAACUCCAAAGCUCAACUAACAGCAACAGUAAUAUUGAUACCAAUCAAACCGCAGAUGCAAUGGUUAUGGAGUUCUCGCAAGACUUCGACCCGGAUCGUGAUUUCAUGGGAGAGUCGUCAAUUAACAUUCUUGAUGUCCAAGAAAGAAGGCAUGUUUCGUUUCUCGACCAGACUACGCAGAAUCUUGACUGGUACGGCACCGAAACCACAAACCCUAAAAAAGAUAUUCAUCGUUCUAAAUCAAGAUUAGGGAACUACGAGAUAGUGGAGCUAAGCGUGGAGGAUCUACUAGCGAAAUACACACAUUACUGCCAAAUCUGCGGGAAAGGGUUUAAAAGAGACGCCAAUCUAAGGAUGCAUAUGAGAGCGCACGGAGAUGAGUACAAGACACGUGAAGCCUUGAUCAGCCCAACAAGCCGUGACAAGAACGUCGAGUACUCGUCAAUGAGGUAUUACUACUCGUGCCCUCAUCAAGGGUGUAGAUGGAACCAAAGGCACGAGAAGUUUCAGCCGUUGAAAUCUGUGAUUUGCGCCAAAAAUCAUUACAAGAGAAGUCACUGUCCUAAAAUAUAUAUGUGCACACGAUGCAACGUGAAGCAUUUCUCGGUUCUGUCUGAUCUAAGGACGCACGAGAAGCAUUGUGGGGAUAUCAAGUGGGUUUGCUCUUGUGGAACUAGGUUCUCUAGGAAAGACAAGCUUAUGAGCCAUGUUUCUUUGUUCUCGGGCCACUCACCGGCCCAUGAGCCGUCGCAGCAGCAACCUCCGAUGAUCACCCCCUAAAGUAAUACCACGGCCGGAAUUGAGUUCUAAAAGCAGCAUUAUUGUUUAGUACCCUCUUGAAUAUCUCAUGAUUUUUUUUUGUUGUAACAACUAUCUCAUGAUUAUAUCUAUUAUUUUAAAAGAGAAAUACAUAUAAAUUAAAAUUUGUUUCAUGUAUGAUUUACACAAAAUUCCACUAAAUUUAGUUUUAUUUUUAUAGUAUUCAUUAAUGAUGUUUUAGUUUUUUAAAUAACUGUCACAUUCAUGGGCAUAAUUUAGGUGUCAUAUACGAUUGGUUAUAAUGCAUGUAAACCGAGAGUUCAUACAACUGUACCGAUCACUAUAUAAAAUUAAAACCCAAAACAGUUUUGUAUUCAAACAAAAUUAUUACUCAAAUACGUUUGCACCACAACAAAAAUAUGUCAUACUAAUUAUGCUUGGGUCAGUGUUUAAUCAAAUACCGUUUUAGACGUUUGAUGGUACAAUGACUAGGACAUGGCCUUUGGAUACAAGUUCGGAUAUAAACUGAGUAUUUUGGACUUUCAGGAAUCUAUCUAUCUAUCUAUAUUAUUAAAAGAAAAGUACAAAAUAAAAAUUUCUCUUAGCUUUCAACUUAUUUUUUUGUCAUUAAAACUUAACUUGGGGUCGAAGCCAACAUAAUUCGACCAAACUGGUCAGAGAAAUAGCAAGCAGGAAGAGAAAAACUAAGACGACAUCAAUAGAUGCCGGUUGAAAACCCAUAUAAAGGCCAAACAGAGGACCUGCAGCACUCAAAAGCAAGGAAGACCAGUGAGAUUAACAACCUCUAAUUGCUUCAUCUGUAGCAUUCAAAGCCACUAGCUUCCCUGAGAAUCAGGGUCUUAAGCCAUGCAGGACCCCAGCAACAUACGACUGAAGACGAGUGUCCAGAGUGAAGACGAGUUUUCAACUUAUUUACACUAGAAUACCACUAAGUAAUUAUGAACUUAUAUUUAUGUAUAUAAGCUUUGUCUUUUUCUAAUUUAAUAAAUCAUUUUUUAAAUUGAUCAUAAACUAAAACAACUUCCUAAUUAGAUUUUAAUGCACUAAAAACUACCUAAUUCUAACAUUUAGCAUUUUUUAAAUCUUUUUAUCAAAUUAAACAACCAUAAAACAUACAUAAAUUUUAAAAGAAUCAUUUAUAUAAUAUAUAAAUAAAAUAUAGACUAAUACAUAAAUAUAUUAUUUUAUGUAUAUUUUUAUAUGAAUAAUAGCCCACUGUAAAUUGAUAAAUGCUGAAGAGUAUAAAAUAUAUAGCACAAGAUUUUGAAUUUUAUAUAAAACAAUUUUAUUAUACGUUAUCAUAAAAUUUUGAUCCAUAAAACAGAAAAAUACAUUUGUGUGAAUGCAUGGGUCAUAUUCUAAAAAUGUGGGUAAUACAUUGACUGUUUACAAGACAAAGUAAAAUUACUCAAUAUAAACUAUAAAUGAUUGUGUUUAUGAAUGUCAUAUUAAACAAUUUUUGAAUACAGAUGAAUUAUAAAUUAUACGUAUUAGUACUUAUACAAAUAAAUAUUUGUUUAUUAAAAAUAAAAUAAUUAUGUGUGGGUGUACGGUCAAGAUCUAGUUUUAGUUUAUGUUUCUAUUACCUAUUUUGGUAUUUUUCUUAUUCACUUCGGUCAGGUUCGGUAAAUUUUGGGUUCAUGUAUUUUCAGAUACAACCAAAAUAUCCAACUUGUAUUAAAUAUUCAAAAUAUAUAAUAUUGACAUUUUUGCCAUCUAAACUUAUAUUUAAUAAUUUAGAAAUACUAUCAAAAUAAUUUGUAAAGUAAUCUACGCAAGCUUAUAUAAAAUUCUGAAAACAAAUCUUCAACUUUUUAAUAUAAUUUUUUUGGUCAAAGAACUUUUUAAUAUUUUUUUUUUCUAUUUGAUUACAUCAAAACAAUUUGUAUCAAAUAUUGUAAAAAUGGCUUGAUAUUCAUUAACUAGUUAUGACAAAAUACAUAACUAUUUAUGAAAAAUACAUAACGUAUAAAACAUAAAUAUUGUAUCUUAAAUUUUUGAAAAACAAUAAACAUAAACAACAGUUGACCAAAUUUAGUUACAAAUUAUUUAUUAUACAAACCAAAAUUUUAACCUAUACAAAAAAAAUUAUUCAGGUCAAACUCUAGUUUAUUAUUAAUUAAUUAUAUAUUUAAAAUUUAUAUGAUAAAAAAAAGUGAACCAAGGGUAGAGUAACAUCAUUGUCAUGUAUUACAAUAUGUCUCAGAAAUGGGCAACAAUACAAUAAGCUCGACUGUAAUGGAGAGCAACAAGCUUGCUUGGCUAGCAGGUCAGUACCGUUGGAGAGGAAUUUGACACUCCCUCACAAGGCCCAUCGUACAACAGGAUUUGGCCCGUUAACCUCAAUGACUCAGUCAUUGACCGGCUUGCUGUCUGAUCGAUCGGCUAGAACAAUCAAUCGAUCGGCUUGACCCAUUAGUCUACCGAGUCAUUUGUUCAACGACAGCUCGAUCAACCUUUGUUCGGCUCAAAAGCCCACCUCAUAUGGAAUUGGGCCAGGCUUCUACGGCGAACUAACUUUAGGGCGAACGAAGGAAAGACGAACCGCGGCUAUAAAAGGAUAACACAAGGGAAAGAGAAGGGGAUCCGAAAUAGACACUAAAACACUGACGGUAAGUUUAGGGUUUUGCAACUGAUCGAGCCUCUUUGUAUUCUCGUCGAUACCUUCAACGAAGCUCCGACCUUGUCUCUUUUCCUUAAAACUCCUUGUAAUCCUUUCGUUAUCUCAUAUCGUUCAAUGAAACGUCUUUGAAGAACCCACAACUCGAGUUUAGUUUCAUUUCAUUCGACCUAACCAAACUCGGAUCCAACAAGUACAUUCGUUAGAAGAACGUUCUUAUGAGUGAACCGACAUGAAGAAAACAUUUGUUCCCAACAUCGCGCGUGCUGCGGAGAUGAAGUGUUGCAAUCUAUGAUUAGUUGUUGUAUUGUUGAGUGCACCAUUGAUCGUCAGAUUAUCUCCUUGGAAGAUAACAUUAAUAUAUUCUAGAGCCCAUGUUGCUUGCUUGCAUAGCCGAAAGGAGAGCAGAGAAUUAUCUGUUUCCUCAACUGUGUGCCACAUUCUAGGAAGUAUUUAUCCUUGACUAUUACGGAUUAUUCAACUUAAUCCUGAACUAGCUUUAAAAGCUGCAUUAUAGUUGAAUUGAUCCAUAUCCUGUCGGCUGUCGGUGGUCUUGAUCAGUUCGGUGUCUGAGAUUUGCUUUCACUGCCACGGCGCGCGAGACAUUACUCUCCAGAGAAAGUGUUUCAACUUUGGAGCCGUAUCUGAAUGCCAUAUUGAUCGUGCAAUAUCCGGUGCAUGCAUUAGCCAAAGCUGGUGCAGGAUGUGCUUCGGAGUCUUGAGUAGUGAGGCUCAGACGAUAUCCUAUCUAUUUGUUAUAUAACAUUUAAAUUUUCGUAAGGCCUGAAAUAUUUGUAGUUCAUUAAUACAAGAAGUUACUUCUUUCAAAAUAGAACGAAUACGCAUGGCCAAGAUUAAUUAUCUUACCAAAAUUGCAACUCAUGCCGAUUUCCACAUUGUUAGUGUUCCCUGUAAGAUCCAUCCUAUGAGCACGCGUUUACUGUUUACAUGUGCGCAUGUAAAAGC